GUAUGUGGUCAUUUUAAUUAACACUAACAGUUACAGGCAAAAAAAAAAAAAAGUCCACGCGUAAUAAAAUCACAUACGAACUACAAAUCCCAUGAACCCUUGCGCGUCUAUACCACUACGUCAUCAGAACGAGCGGGAGGAAGAAAUUGGUGUCAAGAUGGCAUCAGAUGAUGUGGCAAAUCUCGCCGACUCAUUGGCCAAAACCCAAGUCGACGAGAGCGAGCUCAGUUAUAAAGGACAAGGCCUUAAACUGGACAACGCUCAGUCUGUGGAGAAGAUGGUGAAGGCGAUCGAGGAGUUUGACGGUCUGCGUGCGCUCAGACUGGAGGGAAACACCAUCGGCGUGGAGGCAGCGCAGACCAUCGCUAAAGCCCUGCAGAAGAAGAGCGACCUGCAGUGCUGCCACUGGAGCGACAUGUUUACUGGCCGCCUGCGAGCUGAGAUUCCUCCAGCGCUGAAUUCUCUGGGCGACGCGUUAAUCACGGCUGGAGCUCGGCUGAAGGUUCUGGAUCUGAGUGAUAACGCUUUCGGACCCGAUGGCGUCAAAGGCAUAGAGAAGCUGCUCAAGAGCACCGCCUGCCACACGCUGCAGGAACUGCGUCUGAACAACUGUGGAAUGGGCAUCGGAGGAGGAAAGAUCCUGGCGGCGGCUCUGACGGUGUGUCAUAAGGAGUCGAGUGCGCUCGGCGCCCCCUUGCAGCUGAAGGUGUUCAUCGCUGGCAGGAACAGACUGGAGAACGAUGGAGCCACAGCGCUGGCGCAGGCCUUUCAGUUGAUUGGCAGUCUGGAAGAAGUGCACAUGCCCCAGAAUGGCAUCAAUCACCCAGGAGUCACAGCUCUGGCCACAGCAAUGCAGCACAACCCACAACUGCGAGUCCUGAACCUCAACGACAACACUUUCACCAAGAGAGGAGCGAUCGCCAUGGCAGAGGCACUGAAACACCUGCGCAAUGUGCAGGUGAUAAAUUUUGGCGACUGUCUUGUUCGGUCUGAAGGAGCCAGUGCCAUAGCAGAGACCCUGAGAGAGGGACUGCCGAUACUCAAGGAGCUGAAUCUGUCUUUUGGGGAAAUCACAGAGGAAGCUGCGCUGGAAGUGGCUCGAUCCGUACAGCAUAAAGAUCAGUUUGAAAAACUCGACCUGAAUGGUAACAGUUUAGGUGAAGAAGGCUGUGAAAAUCUGCGAGAGGUGAUGGAGAAGAUGAACAUGGCGGACAAACUGGGCUCUCUGAGUGAUGACGAGGGAGAACCUGAGGAAGAUGACGAUGAGGAGGAGGAGGACGACGAUGAUGAUGAUGAAGAUGUGGAGGAAGAAGAGGAGGAGGAAGAAGAAGAUGAAGAGGAGGAGGGAGAAGGAGAGGAAGAAAAGAGUGAAUUAAACCAGUUCUCAACGCCGCCUUCAGCGCCUCGUACUCCAGACGUCUCGACUUUCCUGAGCUUUCCGUCUCCAGACAAACUCCUGCGACUCGGUGCAAAGAGAAGCUUCCUCAUCCAGCAGCAGGUGGACGUGUCGGACGUGAGUAAGACCGUGGAAGCGUUUCUGAAGAUCUCGUCGGUGUAUAAGGAAGACGACGCAGAGGUGAAAUCGGCCGUGCUGGAGAGCAUCGACGCAGUGCUGUGUAAAGCCUUCCUCACACCCUCCUUCCAGGGCUUGAGCUUUAUGUCGUCGUUGCUGGUGAUGCUCGGGCUGUUGAAGAGUGAAGACAAGCUGAAGCCGGUGAAGGUCGUCCCAGGACAUCUACAGUGUUUGGAGCAUGCAGUGAAACAGAGUUAUUUCCCUCGAGAACACAUCACCGUGCUAAACGCUUUCAUGGCCAGGCCGAAUAAGUCUCUGGAGCCGUGCAGCAGUGCUCGAGAUCGCCUGAAAUCCACCCUGCAGAAACUCACACCUGAGAGCUGAACAAUUCUGAAACACACGUGUGCUUAAAAGACUCACAUCUGAUUUUUAAUAUUAAACUGUCAUAACAUGUCUUGAAACCUCA